AUGACAUCCCAGCUCAAAGACUCGUCGCUGUUCAAGCAGCAAUGCUAUGUUAACGGACAAUGGCUUCCAGCCCAGUCUGGCAAGCUCUUCGCCGUUGACAACCCAUCAACAUGCGCAGAGGUAGGCCAAUGUCCGGACUUUGGUGCCGCGGAUACAGAAGCUGCCAUCAAGGCCGCCGAUGUCGCCUUCAAGUCGUACCGGAAGACGCCUGCACGUGCGCGCGCCAAUUUGCUCCGUGCCUGGUUCAACCUCAUGAUGGAGAACAUCGAGGAUCUUGCCCUCAUCAUCACUCUGGAGAAUGGCAAGCCCCUGGCAGAUGCACGCACCGAAGUCAAGUACGCGGCUUCAUUCCUUGAGUGGUUUGCGGAAGAGGCACCUCGGAUUUAUGGCGACACCAUCCAGGCUAGCAACCCCGACUGCAGGCUGAUCACACUGAAAGAGCCAAUUGGUGUCUGCGGCUUGAUCGCGCCCUGGAACUUCCCUGCUGCUAUGAUCACCCGAAAGGUCGGCCCAGCUCUGGCCGCUGGCUGCUCCGUGGUUAUCAAAGCCCCGGGCGAGGCCCCUCUGAGCGCUCUGGCCCUCGCAGAGCUUGCUCAUCGUGCGGGAAUACCGGCCGGUGUUUUCAACGUCAUUACGGCCUUGGACAAUACCGUGGAAGUCGGAAAGGUCCUCACAACGCAUCCUAUUGUCAAGAAGAUUUCCUUUACCGGCUCUACGGCCGUGGGAAAGCUUUUGAUGAACCAGUCAUCUUCAACCCUCAAGAAGCUCUCGUUUGAACUGGGCGGAAACGCUCCUUUCAUUGUUUUUGAGGACGCAGAUCUUGACGUUGCGCUGCGCGGUCUAAUUGCGUCCAAGUUCCGGAUAUCUGGCCAGACCUGCGUGUGUGCCAAUCGGAUUCUGGUUCACUCCAGCAUCUACGAGACUUUCCUGCAAAGAGUGGUCGACACUGUGAAGAAUUUCAAGAUUGGCGACGGUCUUGAUGAGGCAACGACCCACGGGCCUCUAAUUCAUGCGCGUGCCGCGAACAAGGUUCACGACCAUGUCAAGGAUGCAGUCUCUAAAGGUGCACGCGUCGUAUUCGGUGGAGAACCGCUGUCGGACUUGGGCCCCAACUUUUUCAACAUUACGGUCCUGGCCGAUAUGAAGCCCGGGAUGAAGGUAUGCAGUGAAGAGACCUUUGGCCCUGUUGCGGCGUUCUUCUCCUUCGACACCGAGCAAGAGGCGAUCGAGCUGGCGAAUGAUUCCGAAGUUGGCCUGGCUGGAUACUUCUUCAGUAAAGAUUCAAGACGCUGCUGGAGGGUGGCGGAGGCUCUCGAGGUUGGCAUGGUUGGUGUCAACGUCGGUGCGAUCAGCGAUCCUGCCGCCCCCUUUGGUGGUGUGAAACAGAGCGGGUUUGGACGUGAGGGAAGCAAGUACGGAAUUGAUGAGUUUACUAUCACGAAGAUGAUCAUGACGGGUAUCAACACGUAA